AUAAGUGUUCGAAUAUUGCUUUAGUGGCAUUCAAGAAUAAUUGGUGGAUUAUUCCUUAAAUGGCAUUGGCCUUUAGCUUUUGGAUUAUUGAUUAAAUUGCAUUCUUCCAGUCCUAUUGCUAAACAUCUCUCAUCCUCUAUGAACCUAUUUAUUGGCGUUGCUCUGCAACCAAGCUACAUAUUCCAGUUCUAUUUCAUUUUGUUGUUGAAAUGAUUUGCUUAUUGAAACAAGAAGUACCCAGUUGUAACUAUAGGCAAAGAGGAGGGCAAUUUGGAGGGGUAGCUCCCUUUCUCACGGUGUUGUGUUGUUCUUUCUCUCUUCUCAUAUGCAUAGUAGUUUUAUCCUCCCUUCUGCACUACUUCAAUCCUUCUCUCUUCCCACACACGUAGUAGCAAAAAUGACGAUGUUUUCUCUCGCUCUGCUCUUUGCUCUCUCCGCCUGCUCUUCCCUCUUUUACGCACUAAAGGUUCACUUACUCUUCCUCAAAUUUUGGUUUCGUUCACCUGCUUCCUUCUCUUGCUUCUGCUUCCUUAUUUUCACGAGAGAAAUGAAGGUGGCGCAGGACGGCUCCGGUGACUACACCACUGUGCAGGAAGCAAUAGACGCCGUGCCACUCAACAAUACCAGCAGGACUGUUAUCCGUGUGGCGCCUGGGGUGUACAAGCAGCCGGUGUUCGUGCCUAAGACCAAGGACCUCAUUACCCUCGUGGGCUUAAGUCCCGAGCAUACCGUGCUCACCUGGAACAAUACCUUUGAAAAAAUUGAACACCACCUGGACUCUGAGACGAUUGGGACGGGAACCUUUGGGUGUGGAAGUGUGAUGAUAGAAGGGGAAGAUUUUAUUGCUGAGAAUAUCACCUUCGAGAACUCUUCUCCGGAGGGUUCACAUCAAGCUGUGGCAAUCAGGGUUUCAGGUGAUCGGGCUGCCUUCUAUAAUUGUAGGUUUCUAGGGUGGCAGGAUACCAUGUAUCUUCACCGUGGAAAACAGUAUUUGAAAGAUUGCUAUAUUGAAGGAAGUGUGGACUUCAUUUUUGGGAACAGCACUGCGCUCUUUGAGCAUUGUCAUGUCCACUGCAAGGCAAAUGGGUUCGUAACUGCACAAAGCAGAAAAACUGCUGAGGAGUCAACUGGUUAUGUGUUCCUGAGAUGUGUGAUCACAGGAAAUGGAGGGACUUCAUAUGCAUAUCUUGGACGUCCAUGGGGACCAUUUGGAAGGGUGGCCUAUGCAUACACAUAUAUGGAUCAAUGUAUCAACGCCGAAGGCUGGCAUAACUGGGACAAAGCUGAGAAUGAGGGAACUGCUUGCUUUUGUCAGUACAGGUGUUUUGGACCAGGUAGUGACUUAUCAAAACGAGUGGCGUGGGCCAAAGAACUGAAAGAUGAAGAAGCACAACAAUUUAUAGUGCAUGGUUUCAUUGACCCUGAUCCAGAGAAGCCAUGGCUUGCUCAAAAAUUGACACUGAGGAUGCCACAUUCUGCAUAGAAGUGAGCAGAAUUUGGCUCAAACAAAAAACCGACCGAAUCAAAUUAAUUUAGAAAUUCAAUUCGUUUUUUCCUUUGAAAAUUCAACUCAAUUAAUGAUUGAUUUUUUUUACUUUUACAAAAUAAUUGAUCCUAACUGUCCAUCUUUAAAAAGAUCUCAGCUGCUCAUUUCCCUACUAUUAUUUCUUUCACAAAAUCCUACCAAUUCAUCCACUCUUCUCUCCCUUUCCUCUGUCCGCCGCCCUACUUCUUCAUCCUUUCUGUCCUUUGGCUUUCUCUCUUCCUAGAGCCACAGCACCAGUCACAAGGCCAUAGCGCUGCAAUACCACAGCACCACAGCCAUAUCACAGCAGCACUUCCCUUUCUUUUUCUUUUACUUUCGAAUUUAUUUUCUACAAUUUAUAAUAUUAUGUUGUAAUAAUACCUCCUUUUGAAUGUCGAAUGAUUGUGGUUGUGGAUGAAAUUUUGUUUAUCAUUUCAAUGCCAAUAAAAAUUUCUUGUUAUUA